CUCCGUUGCUACGCGGUGACGUCAGAGGCAGAGAACAUGGCGGCUGUGCUGAAGGCGGAAGAACAGAACCGGUGGACGUCCGUCCUCUGAGACCUGCAUGGACCUGUCGCCAUGAGCAACAAGGACAUGGUUUCCCCGGAGACAGAGAACAAAGGCCAGAGGAAGGUGUUUGUCCCCAACAAGCUGCUGGACUGUCUUCCGCGCUCGUCCUCCCUGCCUAACGAGCGGCUCAGGUGGAACACUAACGAGGAGAUCGCCUCCUACCUGAUCUCCUUUGACAGACAUGACGAGUGGCUCUCCUGCACCCUGAAGACCAGGCCCAAGAACGGCAGCAUCAUCCUGUACAACAGGAAGAAGGUGAGGUACAGGAAUGACGGCUACUGCUGGAAGAAGAGGAAGGAUGGAAAGACCACGAGAGAGGACCACAUGAAGCUGAAGGUCCAGGGCAUGGAGUGCCUCUACGGUUGCUACGUCCAUUCCUCCAUCAUGCCAACAUUCCACAGACGAUGCUACUGGCUGCUGCAGAACCCGGACAUCGUGCUCGUCCACUACCUGAACGUGCCGUCGCCCGAGGAUUCUGGGAAAUGCAGUCCGCUGCUGUGCGCGGUGUGCGGCCGCCACGACGCCCUGCGGUGGAGCCGGGACGACCUGCUGAGCCAGCUGAAGCCCAUGUUCCACAGCGUCAAGUGUUCGCUGGGCUUCAGGGACUUCAGCAUCGAGGAGCUGGUGCAGCACAUCCUGGACCGCCAGAGGCCCAGACCCCAGCCCCGCACCCACGCCUGCCUCUGCAGCUGCCCCCCGGCGUCGUCAGGAGCCAACAUUCCCCACCGCUGCAACAGCACCAAGCACCGCAUCAUCUCCCCCAAGCUGCCGCCCUGCUCCCCCCUCUCCUCCGAGGCGGGGGAGGCGGGGAGGGAGGAGAGCAGGCUGCCCCAGCUGCAGGCCCAGAGCCCCGGCUCCUCCCCCAGCGCCUCGUCCACCUCCGGCUCCUCCUCCUCCCCGCCUCCCCGCAGCGCCACCAUCGCCGUCGGUAACCACGGCAACGGUUUCUACAGCGACCGGCACAGCAACAUGGCCGCGGUGGCGCUGCCCCAGAACGCCGUCAUCGUCAUGGCAACGCCCGAGGAGGCGGGGCAGAGGCGCAGCUUCGGCUCGCUGCUGAUCUCCCCCACCCUCCCUGCUCCUGCUGGGAAGCCCGCCUCCCCCUCCCCUCCCCCGGCCCCCGUGCACACCACCCUCUCCCUCACCCUCCUUCCGUCCCCCGUCAUCGGGGGCCUCCUCCUCACCCCCUCCUCAUCCCACACCUCCGCCUCCCGUCAGUCUCCUCCUCCCGCCUCCCCCCCUUCCUCCCCCUGUCCACCCCCACCUCCCCCUUCCCUCCCUCCAGCCUUCGACCCCGACUCCUUCCUAAACUCCCCCAAGCAGGGACAGACGUACGGGGGUCCCCCUCCCUCCCCCACCGUCGUCAGGACCUCCCCCUCCCUUUCUCACCCCUCCCUCGCUCUCUCCCUGUCCCCCACAACCUCCACCCCUCCCUCCUCUGUUUCUCCCCCUUCCUCCCUCUCCUCCCUCUCCACCUCCCCCUCCUCGUCCUCUGCUUCCCCUCCGUCAUCCGGCCUCCCCCCCCCACUCAGCCUCUCUCUGUCUCCCACCUCCUCUGUGGCGCCUCCCAUCCUCCCCCUCUGCCUGGAGCUGGGAGCUCUGGGGGAGUCAGAUGGCGUACGGGAGGAGUCUAGGCGUGAGGAGGAGGAGGUGAAGGAGCAGACUGAUGAUGAUGACGAUGAUGAAGGCAGGGCUCCGCCCACCAAGCUGGUCCUCCUCCAGACAAGCCACGCCCCUUCCAGCGCGUCUCCUAGGCAACACACAGACAGCAGCUCCGCCUCCCUCCUGCUGGGUGUCCAGGACGGGUCAACAGAACCGUCCCAGUCGUCCAAUCACAUGCAAUGCCAGGCGGAAGACCAGCAGCCGUUGGUCCUGCAACCAACCAAUCACCUGCCUGGAGCUGAAGCUCCGCCCCCAGCCGAGCUUUCCCGUCGGCCCGUUGAUCUGCCACCGCCGUCGGUGUCCUUCGCCGGCUCUGAACCCGUUGCCGUCGACGCCGGUUCCCUAGCAACGGCCGCGGUGCCGGAGAGGAGGCGGCGGCGCGACUCGGAGGAGACCCGCAUGGACACGCAGUCCCUGGAGGAGGCGGAGCCCGGCGAGCGCAGAGGGGAGGACCUGGACAUCUCCUUCGACAGCCAGUUCCCCGACCUCAUCUCCGACCUCAUGACCGAGGAGCCGGGCCCCGCUGAGGCUCCGCCCCCUGCCGCCAUGUUCCCCACCGCCGUGCGCUACGUGGUCCCGCCGCAGCCCUCGCCCUCCACCUCCUUCCUCCCCUUUCCUCACCCGCUGCCCGCCUCCUCCACCCGCCUCGCCUCCAUCACCGACUUCUCCCCGGAGUGGUCCUACCCAGAGGGUGGAGUGAAGGUUCUGAUCACCGGGCCGUGGAGCGAGCCGUCGGGUCGGUACUCGUGUGUGUUUGACCAGAGCCCGGUCCCGGCCUCCCUGAUCCAACCCGGAGUUCUGCGCUGCUACUGUCCAGCCCACGAGGCCGGUCUGGUGUGUCUGCAGGUUCUGGAGUCCGGAGGUUCUGUCUCCUCGUCGGUUCUGUUCGAGUACAGAGCGAGGAACGCCAGCUCCCUGCCCAGCUCCCAGCUCGACUGGCUCUCCCUGGACGACAACCAGUUCAGGAUGUCCAUCCUGGAGCGGCUGGAGCAGAUGGAGCGCAGGAUGGCCGAGAUGGCGGCGAGGGACCAUCAUCACUGUCACCAUCAUCAUCAUCAUCAGCUGCAGCAGCAGCAGCAGCACGGGAACCAGCUGGCCACGCCCCCUCCUCUACCUGAGGACCACCAACAGUCGUCGCAGUGGUUUGAGAGGAGGAUCGUGGGCGUCUGUGAGCGGAUGAUGCGAGGAGCCCGCUGGGGAGGAGGAGGAGGAGGAGGAGGAGGAGGAGACCGGCUUCAUCACUCGGCUCGCCACCGGGGGAUGACUCUGCUCCACCUGGCUGCAGCGCAGGGAUACACUCACCUGAUCCACACCCUGAUCCACUGGAGGACGGAGAACGCUGACAGUCUGGACCUGGAGCAGGAGGUCGACCCGCUGAAUGUCGACCACUUCUCCUGCACGCCGCUGAUGUGGGCGUGCGCGCUGGGCCACCAGAGGGCGGCGGAGCUCCUGUACACCUGGAACGGUCGGGCGCUGGGCAUCCCCGACUCGCUGGGCCGCCUGCCGCUCGCCGUGGCCCGCUCCCGGGGCCACACCCGCCUCGCCGCCGCCCUGGAGGAGCUGCACACGCGCCGCGCUCAGGUGAACGCCGGGGACGCGUCCACGCCUGCAGCCGACGCGCCGCCGCCGUCUCCUCUGUCCACCAGCCCGGACACAGGUCUCAGCUCCUCCAGCAGUCUCCCGUCGCCCAGUGACCCCGCCUCGCCGUCUCCAAGCUCCGCCUACUCCAGCGGCCCCGCCCCCAUGGACACCUGCCCCUCAUCGCCGUCCUCUCUCUCCUCCUCCUCCCUCCCCGUGUCUCCUCCCUCCCCCUCCUUCCCUCUCGCCUCCCUUCCUGCGGUGUCCAUGUGGAGGGAGGAGCCUGACCCCGCCUUCAGCACAGGUUUGAGCACCGGCGGCUCCAGAGACGCCUCCCUGUUCCUCAUGGACUAUGAGAACGCCCCACCCACUGACGCACGCCCCGACACGGUGGGGGGGCGCCUGCCACACCCGGCGGCGGCGCUGGAGGAGCAGCUGCUGAGCUACAGCGAGAACGCCGAGAACGAAGGAGAGGAGGAGUACCUGGAGGAGGAGGUGCUUCAGGUCGACAUGGCGACGCUGGCGGAGCAGAUCAUUGAGGCGACCCCAGAGCGAAUCAAACAGGAGGACUUCCCCAGUGGGGCGGAGUCUCCGCUCAGAGAGAGGCGGGACAACCCUGCUAUCCAGGACACCUGGCUGGCUACCUACCUGGAAACCGUGGACAGCCACUCCCCGCCCAGACGGGUGUGCCCCCCCUCGCCCCUCAGUGCUCUGGCUCUCCAGAGGCUCCGCCCCCCUUCCUCUGCGGCGUGGGCGGAGUUCCUGAACGCCUCGGCCAAUGGGAAGAUGGAGAGAGACUUUGCCCUGCUGACGCUGACGGACGGCGAGCAGCGGGAGCUGUACGAGGCCGCCAGGAUCAUCCAGAACGCCUUCAGGAGGUACAAGGGCCGGCGGCUGAAGGAGCAGCAGGACGUGGCGGCCGCCGUCAUCCAGAGGUGCUACAGGAAGUACAAACAGCUAACAUGGAUAGCUCUGAAGUACGCCCUCUACAAGAAGAUGACCCAGGCGGCCAUCUUGAUCCAGUCCAAGUUCCGGUCCUACUACGAGCAGAAGCGCUUCCAGCAGAGCCGGCGGGCCGCCGUCCUCAUCCAGCAGUACUACCGCAGCUACAAGGAGUACGAGAGGCUGAAGCAGGCGCCGCGGGGGGGCGCCGCCCACAACCCCAAGAUCAAGGGGACGUUCCUGACCAAGAAGCAGGACCAGGCGGCCAGGAAGAUCAUGAGGUUCCUGCGGCGCUGCAGACACAGGAUCAAGGAGCUGAAACAGAGCAGGGAGCUGGAGAGGAGAGGACUGACCACCUGAGGCCUCCGCAGGGGACGAGGGGAGGAUGAUGGAGGGAUGAUGGAGGGAUGAUGGAGGGAGGGAGGGUCUCCCCGCGCUGAAUGUAGCUGUCUGUCUGCAGCUGUCUGUCUGCAGCUGUCUGUCUGCAGCUCAUAGAGCUCCGUUCACCAAGGUCCUGCUGGAGUUUGCCCUGAGUGCUGCCUGAAAGGAGGCAGAGCCCACCUGGACUCACACAAGCAGACUGAGACGCCUCAGCAGACAAAGCUCCUGAUUGGCUGUGUCCUGAUUGGCCGUGUCCUGAUUGGCCUUCUUCCGAUUGGCCGUGUCCUGAUUGGCCUUCUUCCGAUUGGCCGUGUCCUGAUUGGCCGUGUCCUGAUUGGCCGUGUCCUGAUUGGCCGUCUCCUGAUUGGCCCUGUCCUGAUUGGCUGUCUCCUGAUUGGCUGUCUCCUGGUCGGCCGUCUCCUGAUUGGCUGAGCAGACAGUAUAAAUGGUCUGCGUGUCUCAGCUGCGACUCUUGUGAACGGAGCUCAGCGGUCUUGUAAAUGAAUCCCAGCUGCUUGUAUUUAAGCGGACCCAGCAGAGGCAGUCAGAACCAGAACCAGAACCUCUGGGCUGCUACGUGUUAUUUAUUACAGCAUGAAGUGUUGUGAGCGUCUGGCUGCUGCUGUCGUGCUGCACUGACUGAAGUCUUAACCCCCCCAGCUGCUUUCUAGUGUCCCACAGACUGGAGGACCACCGGCUGCUCUCCAGAACCAGCUGGUUGGACCUGAACCUUCCUUUUCUUGUUGCCGUGAAGCUUUGCACGAGUUUUUAUUUCAUUGUUGUGCUUCUGAAAUUAUGGGAUGUUAAGUUCUGACAAUAAAUCAGCUGUUUACUACUCA